AGAGGAGGCGGCGGCGGCGGCGGCGGCGGCGGGUGGCGGGCGGCCGCAGCCAGGUGCGCCCGGGGGCUGCCGCUCCGCCAGUGCGCUGCGCCCGCCGCGCUGCCCGGCCCGCCACCAUGACCGUCGCACGGCUCGACCAGGGGCAGCGCCACCGGCCGCGGAUGGCCUUCCUGAAAAAGAUCGAAGCACUUAUGAUGGAGAUGCAAAAUCCAGACACAGGCAUCAAGAUGCAGACACAAAGGGUGAUGAUCACGAGCAUCCCACAUGCUGUGGCAGGUAAUGAUAUAUUGCAGUGGAUUCUCCAACGCUUGCAGAUCACUCAGGAAGAGGCACUGCACCUGGGGGACCUGUUUGUCAAAUAUGGAUACAUCUACCCUCUUCAGGAGCCAAAGAAUCUCACCCUUAAGACAGAUGGCAGCCUGUACAGGUUUCAAACCCCCUAUUUCUGGCCUGUGCAGAGCUGGCCUGCUGAUGACACAGACUAUGCAAUUUACUUAGCAAAGAAGAACAUUAAGAGGAAAGGGAUUUUAGAAGAAUAUGAAAAGGAACAUUACAACAUGCUCAAUCAAAAAAUAAACUACAAGUGGGAUUUUGUUAUUAUGCAGGCCAAGGAGCAGUAUAAGGCAGGGAAGGAGCGGAAGAAGGCGGACAGGUAUGCCCUGGACUGCCAGGAGAGAGCCUACUGGCUUGUGAACCGAACUCCUCCCGGCAUGCUAGAUGUCCUAGAGUAUGGAUUAGACCGCGUAACGGAUCCCAAUGAAAAUAAGAAAAAAACUAUGGACGUUUAUAGAAGAGAGAUCAUGUACUAUCAGCAGGCCAUCAUGAAGUCCAGAGUGAAAUCUUCUGUCUCUCUCCAAGGGCUUGUGAAGUACUCUGAGCAGUUUCUCUCCAAUGAUCCUAUCCUGUCUGGAUGUCUCCCCAGCAACCCCUGGGUAACAGAUGACACUGAGUUCUGGGAUCUCAACUCAAAACUAGUGGAAGUCCCCACCAGAAUGCGUGUGGAGCGAUGGGCCUUCAAUUUCAAUGAGCUGAUACGAGACCCGAAAGGUCGGCAGAACUUCCAGGUGUUCCUGAAGAAGGAGUUCAGCGGAGAGAAUCUGAGUUUCUGGGAAGCCUGUGAGGAUCUCAAGUAUGGAGACCAAUCCAAGGUCAAAGAAAAAGCAGAAGAGAUUUACAAGCUCUUCCUGGCUCCGGGAGCAAGGCGCUGGAUUAACAUUGAUGGCACAACAAUGGGCAUCACUGUCAAAGGCCUCAAGCACCCUCAUCGUUAUGUUUUAGAUGCUGCUCAGACCCACAUUUACAUGCUGAUGAAAAAGGACUCCUAUGGCCGCUAUUUAAAGUCUCCAGUAUACAAGGAAAUGCUGGCCAAGGCUGUUGUGCCACAAGAGACUGUCAAAAAAAGCUCCCCUUUCCCGUUCAGACGCCGUCACCUGCGCUCCAGCCCCAGCCCCAUCAUCCUGAGGCAGCGGGAGGAAGAGGCCAAAGCCAAAGAAGCCGCCGCGACUGUGGACAUCACGCAGGUCAUGAGCAAGCUGGACCGCAGGAGCCAGCUCAAGGAACCUCCCAAAUAGGCUCUGAGCCCCGCAGGGCACAGCCCAGGGAAAAGACAAGCCGAGCUGGUGUUGAGCUUCGUCUCCCCUUCCUGAAGGUGUCAGUGCUGCUUUAGGUUUGCAGGCCGGCUCUGCCAACAGCCUGCUUCCGCACGUUGCCACGGCUUCUGGAGCCGCGGAUGUCGCUUCCCAGGCAGGUUAGGCAUGGGAGUGCUGGUGGAGCCUGGCUGCUGGCUGUGCCGGACUCGGGGUGCAGGGCCCGGCUCCCUCCCUGCACCCCUCGGAGAGGAGGGGGUGCUUCCUGGGUGCCUCGAGCUCCCUGUGGAGGUUGGGUGGCCCAGCUGCCUCCCCCUGCCUCCUGUUCCUCCAGGAGGUGGGGUGGCACAAGGCAGUGUAAAGCUCAGCUGUCCCAGUCCUUUGGGUUCAGGUCCUUGUGACCCCGCAGGGAGCAGGGUGAGGUGGCCCACCUCGGAGUGCGUCCACGCUGGUGUCCAUCCUCUCAGAGGCGUGCGUGCCCUCCCAAGGGGUGUAUCUUGGCCACCCACUGAGAGGAGUACACUCCUCACUUCAGGUAUCCUGCACCUCCUAGCCAGUGCAGUGGAGCCAGAGGCAGAUCUUGAGGGUAAUCUUCUUGUGAGAGUGGUAGGAUGAGUGUUUCUGAAGGUUUAGAUGACCCUUUGAAUUUUAAGGAUGCUCACAAGUGCCCCUGGGACAUAGGAGAUCUCCCCCGUGACUCCCCUGCACAAUGAGGUAGGUGUGCAGGUGUAGCAAGCCAUUGCUCACAGGAACCUGCAGGAGGGCUUGAGAGACGCAGCCAUGGCUUUGUGUUUCUUUUAUCAAACUUUUCCUACCUCUUGUCUUGUCUUUUUCCUGCUCUUCUAUUUUCUGUUGUUAAAAAAACCUAACGGGGUACUUCCAGCUUGUAGCCCAGAAGCAGGGAGGAACCAGGGUAGAGGUGUUCAGAGCUGAUUUCAGCUUUAAGUAGUGGUAUGUUUUGUGUUGGUUUUUUUUUUUUUUUUUUUCUUUUGCUCUUUAGAAUGAGACAACCUAAAAUACUACCUUAGUGCUAAAGAGCUCAGGGAGAUUCCAGGCUUUGUUGGGAAACCAGAGUGUCACUGGACCAGGCCAAUGAUAACCAGAAGUGAGAAGAUUCCUGCAAAGCCCAGUAGAGGGAAUUGGGGGGCAGAAAAGCUUUCUUGUUUGUUAAAACUUAGAGGAAACAGAGGAACUGGGUGGGAAGCACUGAGAUCCAGGAAGCUUCUUUACUCUGGUUUGUAUUGAUCAUCUGUUCUUACUGCUGGUACGAUUUUAGAGGAAAUGGGAGGUGGAGGAAGCUGGAUGUGAGUGGGAGCCCUCAGGUACUGGGGUGCAUGCAGACCAGCCCCUUGUGAGCAGGCAAGAUAGUCAGGCAAUAGCUGUUCCCCCAACAGCUUUGAACAGCAAUUCUAGCCCUCCCUGUGUGUGUUGUCAGGAGGAGGAAUCGGGGCUACCUGGUCUGAUCUGGUAUCACUGCAGAACUAGUCUCCUUUGCUUUGCAGCUGAGCUACGGAGAUUUUCUUGACCUCCAUUGACCUAACGGUGAUAAACCUUCUUAGAGGAAUUGAAACCAAGUUGCAUGAGUCUUUUGCUCAGAUGCCCUUAUUCCCAGUGGAAGCAAUGGCAAAUUUUGCAAUGCUGUAAGGGUGAGCGGGCUCAGACUGUAAUUUCUUUUGAAUUAAUGUCUAAUACUGAGCAGCAUCAACCUACCUUGACAUAAGAGCACUGAAAGAUACUCAGGAAUGUAGCAGGGUUGGUCCAAAGCUACUUGGAUGUGAUGAGCUCUGCAGUCUCUUCAGGGUUUGUUUAACAGGGAGCACUGAGCAUGCUGGGACUGCCAGUAUGUAGUAACAUGAGGAAGAUCAAGUCAGAGUAUAAAUAAUAAAUAACAAAUCUGUGUGUUCCAGUCAGUCCCUCUGAUUCUACUUCUAUUUUGUCUGCAGCUCUGCUUUUUAUGUUCCCUCUAUCCAUUCCUUUCUCUUGAUUUUUCAUCAUCUCAGCUUUUCAUCGUUGUCCCCCUGAUGUGGGUUAAUGCUGCAUGCUCUGGAGUCACUGUGCUUGUGAAACACCAGGCCUGCACUUGCAGGCAGAAGCUGGCUCUGUUCUGCUUAGAGGCUGAAUAAGCUGGCAUGACCCAGCGUACCGCUCCUCGGUCCCUUGCUGUUCGGUCCCUGAAGAGGAAGGUCGCUGGUACAAAGUGUGACCAUGGUACAAACUGAACCUCACUUUGUGCCAGCCAAGAAAUUGUUUGUUUCCAUUGGAAAUCAGAGCAAUAUGUUGUUUCAUUUCUUGGCCAUGGCUUCCAUGCAUUCAUCUGUCUAAUAAAAAUAAAUGUAGAAAAUGAAAAAAGAACAAAGUUCAUCCUUCUCUGUCUUGUCUCAGUGUGCUCACCCUUCACUGUGUCAUCUUUCUGCCAUGCGUGCAUACAUUUUCUCUGUGUUCCUCCGCUCUCAGCGCUUCUCUUAGGACACUUGAGCUGCGUUUCAUUUCUGCUGGGAAUGAGUCCUUGGGAAGCAGGGUGGGGGGCACCCCGGCAUGCAGCGUGUCCUCUGCUGAUGCAUCUGUGCUUGGGCUUGUCCUGAGGGCUGAAUUAGCUGAGCUGGAGACUUCACAGCACCAGCCAGGGACACUGGGGGCUUCAGCACAAGAUGUGGCUUCUUGUAUUAUCAGUUGUCAGGGUUUGGAGCUCGGUGUCCUAUUUCUUGGCCACCGCGGCAGCCGGCACAGUGGUGCUUUGGGUAUGACAUGGUUAUACCAUUCAUAACCAAGAUCACGUUCUUGGGGUAACAGACUCCUCCGUGCCUAGAGCUAAUUGUUGUAAGGAAUGAGUCAAGCUGGUGUCUCCUACAGUGUCAUAGCGCGUGUGGGGCCGAUCUGUCAGCACCGCUGAGGCUGGUAGCAGCGACCCCCUUGCUUUCCACGGGCAAAUUGUGACACCUCCGCUCUCCCGCUGCGGGGGAGCAGGGAAGGGGACAGAGCUGCAGGAGAGGGGGGCACUGGCCCAGGCUUGGCCAGGGUAGCCAUCGGCUGCCUCCCAGCUCAGCCCUGUCUCUCCUGGUAGCAGCUGGCCCUUCUCCUCCUGACGAAGCCUGGGGAGGCCAGGCCAGCCUCCGGCAUGCUGUGCCCCGGGGCCUGACCGAGCCUCUCUCCUUUUCCU